CAGCUCAACACAUGCUCGUGUGGCAGCUGGGAUGGCUUCUCUUCACUACAGUGUAACUUUAACUGCUUAUUGAAGGGAUUCGUCUCAUUAAAUCAUGUCUGGAAAGUCGGAGUUGAAGAUAAACUCCCAGUUCGCGGAGAAAUAUGAGAAAUACCGGCAGAAAGAAGAGCUACAGAGGCUGAAGGACCGAUAUGGAAACCGAGCUGAUGAAAGUGACUCUGAGUCGUCUGAGUCCAGCUCUGAUGACAGUGAAGUGGAACUGGACCCUGAAGUCGAGAGGGAUUUCUACAGAACACUGUCACUGCUGAAGAAGAAAGACCCGAAGAUCUAUGAGAAAGAUGCCAAGUUCUACUCAGAGGAGCCAUCCACCAGUGAUGCAAAGCCUUCAACCUCCAAAACAGCUGUUAAACCCAUGUAUCUCAAAGAUUAUGAGCGUAAAGUCAUACUGGAAAGGGAAGGUAAAUAUGAAGACGAUGAUGACAGUGAUGAAGAGGAGGCUGUGGCGAGAAGAGAGAGAGCUGCAUCUCCAAGCUACAUUCAGGAACAAAAGGAGUUGAAGGAAAGCUUUCGGAAAUUCAUCCAGGACAGUGAUGAGGACGAUGAGGGUGGUGAUGGAGAUGGAGAUGGUGAUGGUGAUGGGAUGUCGCAGCUGCUAACCCGAAGGGUCAAAACACAGGAAGAGAAGGAUAAAGAGGAGGCAGACUAUGUGGAAUGGUUGAAGGGCCAGACUGAGAUUGAGGGUCCGGAGGAAGUAAAGGACAUGAAAUAUUUAAGAGACUAUUGGAAUGAUCCAGAGUUAGAUGAAAAGGAGUGUUUCCUCAGAGACUAUGUCCUCAACAAGUGCUACCUCGAUGAUGACGAUGAUGAUGAACGGAUCCCCACAUAUGACGAGGUGGUCCAGGAGGAGGUAGAGGAUUCUGAAGAGGAAGGGGAGUCUUUUUUGGAACGUCAGGAAGACUUUGAAAGAAGCUACAACUUCCGGUUUGAGGAGCCUGAUGCUCAACAGAUCAAGACAUACCCCCGUAACAUCGCCACCUCUGUGCGCUCCAAAGAUGAACGACGAAAACGCAAAAGGGAGGAGGUGAAGCUGAGGAAGGAAAAGGAGAAGGAGCAGAAGCAGGAGCAGUUGAAGCAGCUGAAGAACCUGAAGAGAAAUGAAAUCAUGGAGAAGCUGAAGAAACUUCAGGAACUGACAGGAAAUGACCAGCUCGCUUUCAGUCAGACUGACCUGGAGGGAGACUUUGAUCCAGAACAUCAUGAUCAACUUAUGCAGAAAUUUUUUGGAGACGAAUACUAUGGUGGACAAGAAGAGGAAAAGCCUCAGUUUGACGAUGAUGAUGAGUUUGAAGAGCACUGGAACUGGGACACAUGGACUGGACAGGGACAAGAGGAGUACUAUGGUGAAGGAGGAGAAGAAGAGCAUAAUGAGCCACAUUGUGAUGAUGAAGGGUUCAUUAUGGAUGCUGACUAUGACCCCAGCCAGCCGACCACCUCCAAGAGACAGAAGAAAAAGGAGAAGAAGAAGAUGAAAAGGGAGGAUAUACCCCAAAUGGGCAAAAAGAGGAAGAAGUCUCAUUUUGCAGAGGCAAUCACCAAAAGCAAGCCUGUGUUUGACCCUCAGGAGAAAAGCUUUGAACAGUAUUUGGAUGAGUACUAUAAACUGGACUACGAAGAUAUUAUUGACGACCUUCCAUGUAGGUUUCGCUACAGGCAGGUUGUGGCCAAUGACUUUGGCCUGACAACUGAUGAGAUUUUAAAUGCAAAUGACAAGGAACUGAACCAGUGGUGUUCUCUGAAAAAGACGUGCAUGUUCAGGUCUGAAAAGGAAGAAAUGUGUGAUUUGAAAAACUAUAAAAUUAAAGCACAGAAUAUGAUGAAAAAGAAGGAAAUUCUUAACUCUUUUUAUUCUGAAGAGGAUAAAGAAGUGGCAGAAGCAAAGACUAAGAUGGGGAAGAAACGAAGAGAUCGUCUGAAGACUGCUGAAAAACAAGGCACAGGAGCUGAAGAUGGUGUGGAAACCUCUGUGAUGGACUCUGCUCAAGAUACAGAAGCCCAAACUCUGAGAGAGGCAGUAGAUGGAGAAGAGGAACAGGAAGAGUUCCUGAUACCCAAGAAAAAGAAGAUGAAACAGGAAGAGGAAGCUCAGGUAGAGGCAGCAGAUGCAGGAGAUGAGUUGAAAAACAGGACUGAAAAGCCACAAUGGGCGAAGAAAAAGCACAAGCUCAAAGGUGGACGCCUCCUCUCAGUGUCCCACGGGGUGAAAAUCGGCGGCCGGGACUUCAGCAGACAGAGACUGAAGGCCUAUGGUCUGAACCCAAAGAGACUGUACUUCAGACAGCUCGGCAGACAGAAACGAAAAGAGAGGGAGAAGAAAGAGAAGCAGAAAAACAAGGAGUGACAACUUUGAACAAUCACUGUUUGUCGUACUUGGAGUUUCUAGUAGACAUUUUCCCGUUCCAAUGGUCCAAAUCCUUAAAUGUUUCACUUUUCCAUUGGUGUUUGCUUUCAGAUUGUACACUUGAAUUAUACAGAUUUGAUGUAGUCUUAGGGGGAAAAAAAAUAUGAACAAAAUGUACAAUUUUGAUUUUAUCAAUAAUUGCAGUUGCUACAGAUUAUGGAGUUGAUGAAGCAUUACAUUUAUAUUAUUACUGGCUUUACUAAACCUUUACAUUAUUAAAAUUGUGUGGCUUUUGAA